UUAAUUCAAAGGCUUAUAAAAGCAUGCCUGCUUAUGGAUAAUCAAUUAACGUCCAAAUUUUGCGUUCGACGAAACGAUGUCGUUUUGGUGGCUUGGAUUCUUUCCCUUGCUUUCGUCGCCACUUUCUUGCGUGGCUGAAUGUUGAAGCUCGAAGCACUGCCAGAUGAAUAAGAAGAAGAAGAAAGGCAAAUACUAGACUUCCUUUUGUUUUUGCAUUCGCAUGCAUAAUCUUUUCUCUAUCAGUAGUAACUCUACGAGGCCUCGUAUUCUUAACAAGGUUUCUUCUCUCAUAUGUCGUUACUCUUACGCUGUUUUCUCUAUCACCAAGUCGGCUUCUCCUUCAUCUCCCCAGGGAAAUGAUUCAGCAACCCAAAGCAACAACGUAUCUUCAUCGUUUAGUUUACUCUCCGCUGGUAAAUUGGAUCGGGUUUCGAGAUCUCUUGGUGGGGCAGCGGCGGAGAACCGUGGCGUUACUGGUUCUCUUCUGAAAGACUUGCUUUUGGAUUUGUCCGAUGUGGUUCCCACUAUUACCCGUAGAUUUAGAAGAUUUCCUGGUUUGAAACCCGAAAAUGUGCUCGAAUUGUUACUGGGUUUUCAAUCUGAGCUCCAGAGAGGUGGAGUUGAAGGUAGAAAGGUCCGACCUUUAUGGGAGAUUUUUAGAUGGGCUAGUGGGCAAUACAAGGGGUUUAAGCAUCUACCUCUGGCUUGUGAGAUCAUGGCAUCGAUGCUUAUCAUGGAAGGAAUGGUUAAGGAUGUUGAAUUGUUGCUUUUGGAAAUGGAUAACAAUGGAGAUACUUUGUAUAAUGAGGGAGUUUUCUGUGAAUUGAUCCAGAAAUAUGUCGAUGAUUUCAAUUCCAGGAAGGCAGUUAUGCUGUUCGAUUGGAUGAGGCGUAAAGGUUUAGUACCAUUGAAUUCGUGUUACCAGACUCUGAUUGAUCAUUUGGUUAGAGUUCACAGAACAGAAUCAGCAUAUAGAAUUUGUUUGGAUUGGUUGGAGACAACGGCUGAAUCAAAUGACGUGAACAUAGAUAGAUUUGGGAAAGUUAUCGAGUUGCUUUGCUUGGAUCAGAGGGUUCAGGAGGCUAGAGUUCUUGCGAGAAAGCUUGCGGCUUUGGGUUGUAACCCGAAUAGCUCAAUAUAUAGUAAGAUUUGUUUAGGAUACAGCGAGAAGCAGGACUUUGAGGAUUUGUUGAGUUUCAUUGGUGAGCUUAAAUAUGAACCUGAUGUGUUUGUUGGCAAUAGGAUUGUGCAUUCUCUCUGCAGGAAGUUUGGCACAGAGAGAGCUUAUGUAUAUAUGGAGGAGCUUGAACACUUGGGUUUCAAACCCGAUGAGGUCACAUUCGGCAUCUUGAUUGGUUGGUGUUGUUAUGAAGGCGAUAUCAAAAGAGCAUUUCUUUAUUUAUCCGAGAUUACUUCAAAGGGUUUAAAACCAGAUGUGUAUAGUUACAAUGCUAUCUUAAGUGGCCUUUUUAGAAAAGGAUUGUGGCAGCAUACCCCUUGUAUUCUGGAUGAGAUGAAGGAAAAUGGAAUGUUGCUCAGCUUGUCUACGUUUAAGAUAAUGGUAACUGGAUACUGCAAAGCUAGACGAUUUGAAGAAGCUAAGGCGAUUGUUAACGAGAUGUUUGGUUAUGGAUUAAUCGAAGCAUCUAAAGUCGGAGAUCCGCUUUCUGAAGCUUUUAGUUUAGUUGGAUUUGAUCCCUUAGCUGUAAGAUUGAAAAGGGACAAUAAUUCCGGAUUCUCCAAAGCAGAGUUCUUCGAUGAUCUUGGGAAUGGGCUAUAUUUGGACACUGAUUUGGAUGCCUACGAGCAGAGGGUGAAUAUGGUACUUGACAGGUCGGUGCUACCAGAAUUUAAUUCGCUAAUCGUUAGAGCAUGUAACGACGGGGAUUUACAAACAGCUUUGGAGCUUCUUGAUGAAAUGGCUCGAUGGGGUCAAAAACUAUCGCGUCGUGGGUUUACUGUUUUAAUGAAGAGUCUCUGCGCAUCACGUUCUCAUGUCAGAGUAAGUAUUAGCAUUAUGGGAAAAUGGCCAAAGCUGGCUAAUUUGUUAGAUGGAGAAACUCUUAACUUUCUUGUCCAAGAAUAUUGCAAGAAGGGAUUUAGCCGCCAAAGCAAACUCAUUUUCCAUAGAAUGGUUCAAAUGCAUCUUCCUAUCGAUAACGCCACUUACACAUCUUUGAUAAGUUGUUUCUGUAAGAAAGAAACACUCAAUAAUCUCCUGAAUGUAUGGGACGCUGCCCAAAAUGCUAACUGGUUACCAGAUUUGGACAAUUGCGGAGCUAUAUGGGAAUGUCUUCUCCAGAAAGGACUGGUAGAGGAAGCUUUUAAACUCUUUGAGCGUAUAUCAAUAUCACAGUCAGAAGCAUGUCGGGUUUUUGUGGAGAAGCUCACAGUUCUUGGGUUUUCUCAUAUCGCUCAUUCUGUUGUGAAACGACUUGAAGGAGAGGGUUACGUUGUGGAAGAUGAGGUAUACAACCAUCUUGUUAAGGGACUCUAUAAGGAUAAGAAGGAUUUGGCUGCAUUUGCUAUGCUCGAGGAAAUGCUAGACAAGAAACAGAUUCCAAGCUUGGGAAGUUGUUUGUCGUUAAUUCCUCGACUUUGUGGAGCUAACAAAAUAGAGCAGGCAUUUACUUUAGCAGAACAAUUAGAUUCAUCUUCUCUCAACUAUGCUUUGCUAGAAGAACUAUGCUUCGCUGGGAGAAUUCUCGACGCAGAAAAUCAGUUAUGGAUAAUGUUAUCAAAUGGGUUUUUACCGGACAAAGCUAUCUACAAUGUGAUGUUUCAAGGUUAUUGUAAAGCUAACAACUCGAGAAAAGUUCAGGAACUACUAGGAAUCUUGGUGAGGAAGAACGUAAUCUGCUCCGUUACGAGUUACAGGGAAUAUGUUCGGAAAAUGUGUUCAGAGCGUCAGUUUCUCUCUGCGCUUAAUCUGAAGGAGUUUCUGUUGAUAGGAGAAAGCAAUCCUGGCGGCGUAAUAACCUAUAAUCUGCUGAUUUUCUAUCUCUUUCGGAGUAAGAAUCGCUUAAAGGUUAAUAAAAUCUUGCUCGAAAUGCGGGGAAGAGGAUUCUUGCCUGAUCAAACCACGCUUAACUUUCUUGUACACGGUUACUCUCUGUGCGGAGAUGAUUCGAGUUCUCUGCAAUAUCUCUCGGCUAUGAUCUCCGAGGGGAUGAAACCGAGCAAUCGAAGCUUAAGAGUGGUUAUCAGUUCUCUCUGUGACAAUGGAGAUGUGAAGAAAGCUCUAAACUUGUGGCAGGUAAUGGAAUCAAAAGGCUGGGUUUUUGGUUCUUCAGUUGUCCAAACCAAAAUCGCCGAGUCCUUGAUUUCGAGAGGCGAAAUUCUAAAAGCUGAAGACUUUCUGAUCCGUGUGACACGCAAUGGCAUGAUGGCUCCUAGCUACGACAAUCUCAUCAAGAAACUAUCUGAUCGCGGGAGUCUUGACAUUGCGGUUCAUCUCUUGAACACAGUGUUAAAGAACCGAAGCAUCCCGGAUCCAUCUAGUUAUGAUUCAGUCAUCAAUGGCUUCCUGAGGUGCAACAACCAGUUGGAUAAAGCUAUGGACUUUCAUACAGAAAUGAUGGAACUAGGUCUAAGGCCAAGCAUGAGUACAUGGAGUGGUCUUGUUCAUAAGUAUUGCGAGGCAUGUCAAGUUUUAGAAUCAGAAAGACUUAUCAAAUCAAUGGUUGAGUCAAGCGAAACACCGAGUCAAGAGAUGUUUAAGACUGUGAUUGACCGGUUUCGAGUAGAGAAGAACACAGUGAAAGCUACGGAGAUGAUGGAAAUGAUGCAAAAGUGUGGCUAUGAAAUUGAUUUUGAGACUCAUUGGUCUUUGAUUAGUAACAUGAGCUCCUGUAAGGAGAAUAAGACAGCUGGUCAAGGAUUCUUGUCUAGGCUUCUCUCUGGGAAUGGGUUUGCUUGGAAGCGAUGAGUUGAUUUUUAAAGUUUGGGGCUAAUUUUGAAAUGUAAGAAAAUCGUUUCCUUUUUGUGUAAAUUUUCCGAUCACGAGGCUUGCUUUCUCUUUUUAUGAUUAUCUUAAUUCUCGAACUCUCUAACUAAACAACGACAUG